CUUAAACCUUGUUACCUUUCCUUCUGGUCAGAUUUAACUUGGCGCUCAUUUGUUGUGUCAGCUGUCAGUCACGUAAGAGGCGCUGUGGUGAGGACCGACAACUCAUUUCAGCGGGUUUAAACCUAAAACAUGGAGCAGUUUGUUUCAACUGUCAAAUGUCUCACAGAAAACCUGCUGCAGACAGAGCCGGCAGAUUUUGAUGAAGUCAUAGAGAAACUCUUCGGUGAAGUCUCUGCUCUGGAAGAUUUCCCUAAAAUAACAGAUCCGCAGCUUGAGGAGUGUGCCAUCCAGCUGUGGAACUGGGCAGUUACUAAGAACGUGGGCACGAGUAUAAGUAAAAAUCAGAAAGCCAAAGUGCGUCAUGUCGCAUGCAGUCUGCUGUACUGCUGUGAGCCUGAGAAUCCAACAGAGGGCGUCCUCCGCAAGCAAAUCUUGAUGGCAGGCAAAACAGGGAGAACCUGGCUGGACUGCAAAAAUCCUCAGAUGGCAGAUAACGUCUUAAGGCUUGCUGUCAAGAGCCUGGAAACGCUCUACAGCAAACUAACGUCCAGAGGUGAUGGAGCAGCUGACAUCACUUCAUCCAAAGGAGAUGUAGAGAAAGAUCUGCUUCGAAUUCUCUCAUGUCAGGCAGAAUCGGCCUUAGGUCAAGGGAAUAAUCAUGACGCUGUGGCUUAUAUGCAGCGCUGUAAAGAAAUGCUGCUCAGGCUACCAAAAGAUACUGCGUACCUCUCCCUUAUGUGCUACAACUUUGGAAUAGACACUUACGAAGUGAGAAAGUUCGAGGAUAGCGUGUUUUGGUUGAGCCAAAGCUAUGACAUUGGGAAAAUGAAUGUGACAUAUGCUCCUGGACCAGAAGUCCGGUUUCCAUCACAACAGGCCAAGGUUUUGAGGCUCCUUGCCACUGUUUAUCUGGAGUGGGACUGUGACAGAUUUCAGGAGAAAGCUCUUAAUGCUGUCAGCUUAGCCAACAAGGAAUGUGUGAGUGCCUCUGGGCUGUACUUAAAGAUCAGAAUACUCCUGAGAUGCAGGGCCUCAGAUGAUCAUAUCAGAGCAGGACUUAAUGAGAUGCUGGAAGCGAAAGUUUCCCUUGAAGUGUGUCUGAGCACAGUGAAACUACUCACGUCUGGAGACAGAGAUCUGCUGGUAUUUGAGUGUCUGAAUCGUGUGUGUCAGCACUUUGAGUCGUCCCCUGACUUGGGAACUGCUCUUGUCUUGCAUGUUGAGCUGCUACUGCAGAGAGGCAAGGAGCUGUUGGGCAAACAGAAGAUAGAAGAUAUCAUCACUGGCCACUAUACAGGAAAACAGCUGAGUCCACAGGCCCUCACAUGUCUACAUGUCAUGCUGUGGGAUCAAGCGUCCAAACACUUUGAGGCCAGGAACUAUACUGAGGCUCUUCAGUGGUAUAACUACUCCCUGAGUUUCUUUAAGCGAGGUCAAAUGGAGCCCAACUCAGCCAAACUACAGAGGAACAGAGCUUCCUGUUUCCUGCAGCUUAAACAACUGGAAAAGGCCAAAGAAGCAAUUAAAGAAGCAGAGAGGUGUGAUCCUGACAACAUUUUCACCCAGUUCAGUAUUUACAAGAUCGCAGUGCUGGAGAACAAUGUGGGGAAAGCUGCAGAGGCACUGAAUGUGAUGGGACAUCUGUCCAAGAGUCCUGUGGCCAGUGAGGACAAACUGCUGGUAUCUGGGAACGCUGCAUCCAAUCUCCUCAGUCUGGCAGCUCAGAUUGCUUUAGAGAACGACCAGCAGGAAACUGCCGUGAAAGCUCUGGAGAGUUUGUGUGAACACUCCAAAGAUGAAGCUCAGGUUCUGACUGCUCUCAGGUGUUUGGUUCGACUCGUCCUUUCCACAACAGAAAAAUCACGUGAUGAGAUGAGGAGUGUGACUCUGGAUGUCCUGCUGCCAUAUCUAAAAAUGGCUUUGCAGAAGGUUUCACACCAGUCUGGCAUGACUGUCGAGCAACGCACAGAGGAAGCUAACUGGUUCAGGAAGAUUGCUUGGAACUCGGCUCUGCAGUGCGAGAGCAGCCCUGACAGAAUGAGGGAUUUCUUUGUGCUCUCUUACCAGUUCUCCCAGCUGUGCCCUUCUGAUCACACACUGCUCAUGGGUCAGAAGACAUGUCUGCUCAUGGCUGCUGCUGCCUCUUUGGAGCUCUACAGGAAGUCGAAUCUCUCUGCCCAGACGGAGGAGCUCACUCAGACUCUGGAGCACAUUCAGAUCUGUAGGGAGGUCUGGAAAACCCUGAAAGCAUCAGGAAACUUCCCAAUGGACCCCACAGACACACUGCUGCUGCUGUAUGAAUUCGAGGCUUAUGCUAAGCUGAAUGACCCCACGGUUGAGACAGUACUGGAGUCUGUCAUGGAGCUUGAAAAUGUUGAAAUCAAGGUGCUAGAGACCAUUGCAGCCUUAGCCAUGGAGCCUCCAGCCCACUUCCCUCUGCUGUGUAAGAAGGCCUUGAGGGUUGCUCUCUCUCUGCACAGGAAACAACCACAGGCCGACCUGGCACGCUGCAGCAAGUGCGUUCACAGCCUGAUCAAGCUGUCCCUCCCAAGUGGUGUAUCAGAGGUGGAGGCCCAUGUGCUUGAGGAGGUGUGGGGCUACUAUGAGGAGGCCCUGUCCAUCAUUGCAGCCGCACCGGACGACUUCCCAGAGAUAGAGACCCUGUGGUUGCUGACUGAGGCUUGGAACACGGGGAUCUUGCUGUACAGCCUGGCUCAGUACCCCGAGUCUGAGAAGUGGUGCGGCCUCGCCAUGCGCUUCGUCCGCUACCUGGGAUCCCUGCAGGAAAGCUACGAAACACAGAUGUCCAGUCUCUACAGUGAAAUCCUGGACAAGUUGGACAAAGCCAAGAAGAACCACAUCAUGGAAGAAUAACCGAACUGGGGCUGUUCAGCUGUUGUUAACUACCCGUUCAGAGGGUGAACUUACAUUGACUCAGUUUGUUGCAGCUUAAUUUGAUUAACGUUAUGGUAAGAUGUUCACCAAAUAUUUCAGUUUGAUAAGUAGUUGCUUUAAAUCUGCCUGAUUGUAGGGCGCCCCAGUAGAAUAGUGGUUAAGACAUAUACCACAUUCAUUCCUGGUUUGAUUUUGGUCUGGGACUCUCUCUGUGUUUCCAGUCUUUCUCUGUCUCCUGUCAAUAAAAGCGACAACUAAUCUUAUCUUAAAAUUAUACCACUGUGAUAACUCAAUUAUUUCCACUUAAAGCAGAAUAACAAGCACAUCAAAAAUCAUAACUGAGUCACAUAUUUUAUUUUCAAACAAAUAAACUCUUGUCAAGUCCCAAAAUAAAACCCAAACAAAAGAAGCAGGUCUGUGUUCCCUCAUGACUAGGACAGGGAAGACCAUGAGGCCGAGUGUCCUGAUAGGCUGUACCACCUGCAGUGACAGGAAGGAAACUACUGUACAAUCAAAAGGGUUCAUGUUUGCAAGCACUUACUGCACAGAUGUGCUAUAACAUAAACAUCAUCACCCAAAACUACAAACAAGAACCCUAACCCCCCCCCACCCAAAAAAUAAAAGCAUAUAUGUCAUUUCUCUCAUCAGAACAAAGACCCUCAUCAAUUAUACACACAAAGAGGCAUUCAGGUUCCGUCUCGUUAUAUACCACAACCUCAAUGGAAAGAGGAAAAUGAAAUCAAGUUCUUUGGGCUUUGACAUGGCUGACUGAGGUAUGAAUACCACACACAUUGUUAACAGUCAGCUGUAUUUCAACUAAACACCAGAAAGGACCAACUCUAAACUUCUAAUGAUGUAUUGAUCAACGCUCCUGGUUUCUGUGAUAUUGUGUAGGUUUCUGCCUGCAUCUCUUUUUAAUUAUUUUACAUAUUUUUUAUUUUUUUGUUAAGUCUAUACACCCAGACACGUUCCACAAGAAAUCACAUGUAGACAGGCCCUACUUGAGGGAAUUGAAUUCCCAUCUGACUAGUUAAAUUUUCCAAUAGGCAUUUGAAGAGAAAUACCAACAAUACAGCACAUUUGUAUGGACAUUAUAUCUCAAGAGUAGCUCAAACUUUACUUACCUGACAUUUGUGGUCUAUAAAACAUGUUUGUCCCAGUUUGAUUCACACAUGCAUGAAGCACAGGUGAGGGGGGGAGGGGGAUCUGCUGAGGGCUUAUUUACAUUGUACAGCUACCACACCUUUUGAAACAGUCUGCAAGCAGUUUAUAAAUGGCUCUGUUCCCUUCGGUUAUUCCCUGAACUCUGGUUUUGACACAGGUAAUGACAGCUGGUUUAGCAGUGGUGCCUGUCAGGUGGGCACACCUGUUCAGAAAAUGCCUGCAGGUACAGGUGCUCUGUGGUUGGGAGAGAGAGCAGGGGGACCCCAGAGGUCGAGGUUACGACCUCUCGUUUGGUCUGGCUCUCAGAUGAAAGAAAGAAAGAAAAAAAAAAUCCCUUUGCACUGGUCAAAAAGCUGAGGAGGAAAGUGAGAACGUGGGGCCGCAGUGUGCCGUCUUCAGGAGGAGCUCUCUCUCAACAUGCACACGUUAACAUAGAGUGCCAAGAUCUGCAUGGGAGGGUGGAGCAGGUCAUUUCAAUCCAGGUGAUGUCAAACAGCCAAACUCAAAGGUUACCACAUCGGUGAACAAGCUCCCCGCCUCACGAAAAGAGAAGACACGUGAUACAGCCUGAUUACACAGUUUAGUUGAAAAUGCCGUUAACUAAGUGACCGUACUACCAGUACUUGUUUGUUCACAUUUGACAGCUACCAACGCUCUGCGUCACCGCUCAAACACGACAUUUUUUCGGUCGCGGGGGAAAAUGGUAACCGUACGUUAAGAUUCCUGAGCUGGUCUAGCUCACUCCAGACACACUAAGUGUUCAACACAGUGGUUCAGCACCUGCCAACAACAGAUUCAUUAAGAAUUCAUACAUUUAUAGAUACACAAAGCAUUUAGGUUUAAUCAAACCCAACUUUAGUGUUAUUUUUGGUAGGGGGACAGGGGACAAUCCAAAACAGGUUAUAUUGACUCUUUAAUUGUUAGGACAUCCAAUACAAUUAUUGUCUUGUUCUACCCGUUUUAAGGCCACCGUCACGGUGGCAGAUAGGACAGUACCAUGUGACCAUUCAAUCAGAAGAGAAUCCUCUUGGAAGGCAGAGAGUGUAAUAGGGUGGUCUGCUGCUCAACAUAAGUUAUGAGCCUCUGGCUGUCCAAAUUGUAAUCUAAUAGCCAAAUUCUUUAAUUACACA